AUGGACAAAGAGAACCGUGUUCAUAUUGACAAGGAGACUCGUGUGCAUAUUGACAAGGAGACUCGUGUGCACAUAGACAAGGAGACUCGUGUGCACAUUGACAAGGAGACUCGUGUGCACAUAGACAAGGAGACUCGUGUGCACAUAGACAAGGAGACUAAUGUGUACAUAGACAAGGAGACUCGUGUGUAUAUUGACAAGGAGACUCGUGUGCACAUAGACAAGGAGACUCGUGUGCACAUUGACAAGGAGACUCGUGUGCACAUAGACAAGGAGACUCUUGUGCACAUAGACAAGGAGACUAAUGUGUACAUAGACAAGGAGACUCUUGUGCACAUAGACAAGGAGACUCGUGUGCAUAUUGACAAGGAGACUAAUGUGCACAUAGACAAGGAGACUCGUGGGCAUAUUGACAAGAAGACUCGUGUGCACAUAGACAAGGAGACUAAUGUGUACAUAGACAAGGAGACUCGUGUGCACAUAGACAAGGAGACUCGUGUGCACAUAGACAAGGAGACUCGUCUACACAUAGACAAGGACACUCGUGUACACAUAGACAAGGACACUCGUGUGCACAUUGACAAGGAGACUCGUGUGCACAUAGACAAGGAGAAUAAUGUGUACAUAGACAAGGAGACUAAUGUGUACAUAGACAAGGAGACUCGCGUGCACAUAAAACAAGGAGACUCGUGUGCACAUAAAACAAGGAGACUCGUGUGCACAUACAAUUAG